GGCUGUUGCCAACUCCAAUGCAGAGCCAGGAGGACCCGGGGUUACAUACAUGGAAGGUCAGGCACCAGUCCACAAGCACCUACGCAUUGAUAACCGAUGUCAAAGGGCAAAGGUCACCAGACCUAGCGGCAGCAGAGCAACCGCUCAGGACUAUGCAGACUACAUAUCAACAGGAGCCAUCGCCUAUCUUUUACCCGCUACCGACGACUUCGUGUAUGAAUUCACGCUCAUUGAGAUCUACGGUGGAGCCGAGUUGACCUUCGACCGGAACAACACCAUUGUUCGUUCGGGUGAAGUCGUAGGAGACGACACGGGGUACCUGCAUGUCGCACCGAACCACACUUUGGACAUCAACAAGGUAUCACCCUACAAGCGACUCAAUGUGACGUGGGCACCCUACAUCUACGAAAAUGCCUCGUUCAUUCUGCCGCCGGCAACCAUAGAGUUCCGCCAGUCCUUUGAUUGGACCCAAUUCUACCCCCAAGCUGCCUGCCCAAGUAGCAUGCUGAUCAGCUCUCAUGUUUCUAUUUGGGGGACGUUGGAUGGGUCUAGGGCUCACUUGCUGGUUGGCUCGGGCGGCACCCUUACAAUGGAACUACCCAGCCCAAGAAAUCUGCAGUUUGUUGAGGUGACGGUGCAAGAAGAUGGUCUGUUUGAGCUCAAGAGCUACUACGGACAAGAAGAUGACCAUUGGCAAAUUGAGGUGACCCCCGGCGAGGGUGAAGGUCAAAGGUCGGGUCGGGUCACAGUGGAAGGGGGCGGCACCCUCAAAGCAUCCGUUUUGGAUCUGCGGGCUCACUCUGUGGUGGUCGACGAUGGGGGAGCGAUCACAGCAGACUCGAUGGGAUUGAUAGAUGGGCCAGGGGCUAGCCCAGCUGGGAUGAGAUCUGGCGCUGGAUAUGGAGGAAUCGGUGGAAAAGGUCGAUCAUCCGACACUGUCGGUGUAGUUUACGGUUCUCUGCACAGGCCAACUGCCUUUGGAAGUGGUGGAGGAACUGGUGGAGCAAAAGGUGGAGGCAUUCUCCAACUGACUGUUGACACCACCCUGCAGAUAGAGGGCGUCGUUCGGGCCAACGGGGCUUCUGGAACCACCAACAGAGGCGGUGGCAGCGGCGGUUCCAUCUGGAUCACAACGAAGGACAUGGAGGGUGCAGGAACGCUUCAGGUGCGAGGGGGAUCCGGUGGGACAAAUGGCGGAGGGGGUGGGGGCGGUCGACUCGCUGUCUACUACAGAGGCGUAGAGUGGUGGUUUGGCGAUCUCCAGGCUUACGGUGGAUCAGGCACAUACGGACCCGGCGGCGCUGGAACAGUUUAUCUUGAGAAUCUACCGCCUGCAAUCCUGAACCGCACCCUCAUCGUAGACAACAACAACCAGCCUCCGCCGGUGGAAACCAUAACAACAGACCAAUACGCCCAGCCUAGUCUAGAUUCCAGCCGCUCUUGGGUUCACGAUGACGACGAGGAUGGGGUGUUGGAGUUUGAGCAUGUGCGGAUCUUGAGAAAGGCCCACCUGGUUACGGAGACUAACUUAACACAGUUGAAAGUUGACACUUUCAGCGGCGAUCACUCCUCCUUCAUGCACAUUGGUGACGGCCAAGUGUUUGUGGGCCAUUUUGCGGACGACUCGGAGUUCAACGUCAACGUGCACGUCUACGAAGGAGGCCUCCUUAUUCUGCCACCGACGUUCACCUGUUAUGACAUCACAAUAGUGGUCAGGGGGACGAUAAGUGUUCAUGAUCUUACCAUCGGCAAAGGAUGUCGCCUUCUCCUAUCACAAACCGGAACCUCACGCCUUCUCAACGACACCCUCGACACCUCCGUCGAUCUUGUCCAAGGAAACCUCGCGGGCCACUACCGCUUCGACUCGCUCACCGUGGCCGCGAACGGCGAAGUCACGUCGGUGGACGAUGGCAACAACGUUCUUGACAACUUCACCUUGAGCGUGCAGAGGUUGAAGGUCGAGGGCGGGGGUCACCUGCACACCAAGCGGAUGGAGAUCAACGCGGACGUGCUGAUCGUGGACGAUAUGGGGAGGCUUGUGGCCGACCUUCACGAUUUGCCGUGUCCUGAUUCGGACGGGGCGGGAAAGAGCGGAUCUGGAAACAAUGGUGGAUCAGGAGCCGGUCACGGUGGUCGUGGUGGACGCAGCUCCCACCAGCGUAAGACCGGCGCUGCGUUCGGCCAUGUCUUCGAACCCUCCCACCUCGGUUGCAAAGGCGGAGGCCCAAAUGGCGGGCGGGGCGGCGGGAAGAUGGUCCUGAACAUCGCCGAGACGUUGAAGGUCGACGGCGAAGUGAGCGCUGACGGGGAAUCGGCAACGGGUUAUGGAAACGGUGGCGGGAGCGGCGGAUCCAUUUGGAUCAAUACCAACCACAUGCAGGGUUACGGAAGGGUGACAGUCAACGGUGGAGCUGGCCACGUAAGUGGGGGCUACCAGGGUGGUGGGGGCUCAGCAGGGCGGAUUGCGGUCUACUUUGCCCUCAAUAGGACCUUCUCCGGAUCCUUUGAGGCCCAUGGGGGUCAAGCAGGGGGGCAGGGAGCCGGCGUAGGGGGACCAGGGACAAUGUUCUUCUAUCACACUGGAUACAGGCAUCGGACUCUGAUUGUCAACAAUCUCGGCAAAGGACCCAAGGAGGAUGAGAACGUGAUUAUAGACUAUCAUGAUCUGUCUGAAGACGAAAGCCGUGCUUGGCUCCUGCCUUCCUCAGGAGAUCAUGACUUUGCAGGUGACCAACAAUAUUACUUUGAAGAGUUCCAGCUCUACGGCCGCGCUCAUCUCGCGAUCCUCACUGACCCUCCAGACUCCAACGCCUCUAUCUACUUCGAGAACAUGAUCGGAGAUCGUACAGGCACACUGCACGUCGGAAACAACCAAUCCGUGGACCUCUACCGUCCCACCAUCGAUCUACCCUUCAACGUCCACGUUUACGUUGGCGGCCAUCUUGGACUGGCACCAAUUACCAUCGUGCAUGGUGUUACUAUAUUCCUGAACGGGGCGCUGACUUAUGUUGAAAGCUUGACCCUGCACCAUCAAGGACGUUUCUGGCUGAACAAGGACGGGCAUACUGGUACCCUGCCUUCAGGGCAGUAUGAAUUUCAGCUGGUUCACGUGCAGGAUGACGGUUACAUCCACAUGAUCUCGGACCCAGUCCAAGACCCCGGAAUGAACUUCACCGUAGUUGCCCUGCAAGUUGAUGGAGGUGGACUAGUGGAAGGCACACAUCUCUACGUCCACGCUGAGAACAUCACCAUUGAUGCCGGGGGCCAGUUCAGCGCAGACGGCCAGGGGUACUCAGUCCAAGAUGGCGGCAGCCUGAAUCCCGACGGGAGCUUCCGUGAAGGCCUACAUGGGAUCAUCAACUUUGGGAUGGGACAGACCGGAACAGCAGGGUCUUCUGGUGCCGGGCACGGAGGAAGUGGAGGGCACGGAAGAGGUAUUGCAAAAACUGGUCAGCCCUACAGUGACCUGUAUGAGCCAGAAGAGUUUGGAAGUGUAGGGGGUGGGACAAGUGGUGGCUCAGGGGGUGGCCGCAUCUGGUUCAACGUCACCGAUACCAUCCUCAUUGAUGGGUUAGUUUCAGCCAAUGGGAUCGGAGGCGGGACUAACACGCCAUACAACGGGGGAGGAAGUGGUGGCAGCAUCUGGAUGCACUGUGAAAAGAUCAAAGGCUAUGGAACUAUUGCUACCAAUGGAGGAUCAGGAUCCUCAAGAUCUGGAGGUGGUGCAGGCGGACGGGUCGCAUUGUACUUUCGCCAGAAUGCCACGGCUAAUGGUUUCAAGUAUGAGUCUCAUGGUGGAGCACCUGGCAGCGAUUGCGAUGAGUGCGAGGGAGGUGGUCCAGGAACCAUCUUCCUCUAUCACCUUUUCCAUGAUCACAGAACCCUGUUCCUCGAGAAUGCCGGAUACCUUCCCAGAGUCAAGGCCAUCGACUGGGACAAUCUUGAAGAAGAUGGCUGCCGUGCUUGGAUACUCCCAUUUUCCGGCAUGCACGACUUUGCUGGUGAGAAGAAUAUGUUCCACUUUGAGGAGCUGCAGAUUUACGAUGGUGCUCACAUGGCCGUUAAUGUGUUCAACGAUUCGGGAGGCAACGUAAACCUCUUUGAGGAUUUCAGUGAUGGGAUGACGGUCGCGAGCUCCAAGCCUCGACUUGUGACCCUGUUCUUCCAGCACAUGAUCGGCGAUCGGACAGGCACCAUUCAUGUUGGUGAUCUUCAGGAGAUGGAUCUGGAACGGGAGGAAAUUGAUCUGCCAUUCAGUGUGCAUGUCUACUAUGAUGGUCACCUUGGUCUGGCUCCGAAGACUGUUGUCCACGGUGUUGAGAUACACAUGGCAGGCUUGCUCUCACAUGUCCUGAAUCUGACUCUACACCACGGCGGAUACAUGUGGCUCCAACACGGCGGCCGUACUACAGGAAGUCCUUUCAGCCACUAUGACUUCCAGUUUGUCCGCAUACAGGAUGAUGCCAAGAUGGAAGCUACUACCGAUACCAUCACAGAACCUGGCAUCACCUUCCAAACGAGGGUCUUCCUUAUUGAAGGCGGUGGCUUACUGCAUGGGACCCACCUGACUCUUCUGUCCGAGAACAUAACUGUAGAUGCCGGUGGGAAACUAGCAGCAGAUGCUCUAGGAUAUGACUCCACUCAUUUCAACGAUACCCAUUUCCAUCAGUCUCUGCAUGGGGAUGUCAACCCUGGAAGGCCUCAUGUAAGCACAGGUGUUGGGUCUGGUGCUGGACAUGGUGGCAGCGGUGGGAUCAGUGUCUACUCUCCCUCCAAGACUUCAGGAUUUGCUUACGGAGAUCUCUAUGAACCGUACAUGUUUGGAAGUUCGGGUGGUCUUGGGAUUAGUAAUGCAGCUGGGGGAAGAGGUGGUGGGCUGAUUUGGAUGAAUGUAACUGACACAAUCGAGGUUGACGGAGAGGUGACUGCCAAUGGAGGAUCAGCUGAUGGUAACGGUGGUGGUGGAGGUAGCGGCGGAAGCAUCUGGGUUUAUUGCCACACCAUCAAAGGAUAUGGACGUUUCGCUGUUGAUGGAGGUGAUGGUUCCCCCCAUCCGACAUAUCCUGGAAGUGGAGGAGCUGGCGGCAGAUUUGGUAUGUACUUUGUGAACAAUGAGACUGCCACAGGGUUCAACUACCACUCUAGGGGUGGAAAAGCUGGUCAUGCUACCCUUGCUGAAAAUGGAGGUGGCGGAACAGCUUUCAUCUACCACAUGGUGUAUGAUCACCGCACACUGAUAAUAGACAACGGUGGUCUGGAACCUCUAAAUACCUUGAAUGUGAUCGAGACCUACCAUGAUCUCUCCUCUGAUAGCUGUCGAACCUGGAUCCUACCCCAGUCUGGAGUGCAUUAUUUUGCCAACGGAAACUUUGACUAUCAUUUUGAGGAACUGCAGAUUUACGGUGCUGCCCAUGUUGCUAUCCUAACCCAUCCAGUUGACACGAACGCUACACUGUUCUUCCUGUACAUGAUUGGCGAUCGUUCGGGAACUUUCCACAUUGGGCGGAAUCAGGUUCUAGAUCUUUACAGGCCUGAGAUAGACUUACCGUUCAGUGCACGUGUGUAUGCGGGUGGGUUCCUUGGUCUGGCACCCUUUACCAUUGUACAUGGUGUCAGCAUAUGGCUGCAUGGGGUUUUGGCUCAUGUCGAGAACAUGACCCUGCAUCAUGGAGGAUUGCUCUCCAUGGAACACGGUGGCAGGACCAGAUAUCAAGACCCGAGCCACUAUGACUUUGAGUACGUCAGGAUACAGGAUAACGCCCGCAUCCUUGGCAUAACUGAGCCGGUUGGGAACCCUGGAAUCUUCUUUAACUCUGUUGCUUUGUUUGUUGAAGGCGGUGGCUUGUUCCAUGGAACCCGGUUGUGGAUCCAAUCCACAAAUGUCACAAUUGAUGACGGGGGUAGCCUGAAUGUAGAUGCGGAGGGAUACAGUGUUGCAGAUGCCCAAGAUAUUCCAAACAGUGUGAAUCUUGGUCGCGGUUUUACUAACUCCAGUGGAUCAUCUGGAGGAGGGCACGGCGGAACAAGUGGUCGAGGAGCUGCAGCCUUGAAAACAGGACAGGCGUAUGGUAGUUUGUAUGAGCCUUACGAGUUUGGUAGUUCGGGGGGAGGUGCAAAUGGUGGCAGCGGUGGUGGAAUCGUCUUCCUAAACAUCAGUGACACAUUCCAGAAUGAUGGAAUCCUCAGUGCAGAUGGAAGUACAGGAGGUGAUGGCUCUAGCGGAAGUGGCAGUGGUGGGAGCAUACUGAUUGAGUGCUUCCUCAUCAAAGGAACAGGCGUUGUGGCAGUAAAUGGUGGGGCCCAGAGCAACACCCUGGGAGGAGCGGGUUCCGGAGGUCGCACAGCUCUCUACUUCCAUGUCAACCAGACCUUCCUCGGCCAGUUCCAAGCUCAUGGGGGGAAGGCUCUUGGCUCAGCAGAGUCAGGGGGUCCUGGGACUGUCUUCUUCUACCACAUGGGACACCAGCAUCGGACCCUGCUGGUUGAGAAUGCCAACUUGGACAGCCAGCAUGUUGUCAAGAUUGCCACACACACAGACAUUUCACAGGACAGCUUCAAAGCCUGGCUUCUGCCUCAAUCUGGGGAGCAUUACUUGGCUGGAGGAGACCACGACUACCACUUUGAGGAGCUCCAGAUCUACGGCAAUGCUCAUCUUGCUAUCCAGACGGAUCCCUAUGAUGCUGGAGCGUCGCUCUUCUUCCGUCACAUGAUCGGUGACCGCUCUGGGGUAGUCCACAUUGGUCCCAACCAGGUCAUGGAUCUGAGACGAGACUUCAUCGACAUACCCUUCAGCGUGUACAUCUACCAGCUUGGUUACCUAGGCCUGGCCCCGGACACCGUCAUGAGCUACAUUUUUGUGAAUGUCGAAGGACGGUUAGAUCACAUCCACAAUCUCACCUUGUACAAUGGUGCAAGUCUUCAGGCUCAUCUUACAGGCUCCACAAACGACCUUCCACGCCUAGAGUACCGCUACAACGGGACAACCAUUGUCAAAGCAAACAGCGUUCUCAACUUCUCUGCGCCAUUUGCCCAUCCAGAGCAGUACCUGCUCCACACCGGAAACUUAGUUGUUGAGGGCGGAGGUUUAGUCUAUGCAAAGAACCUCAGGAUAGAGUGUGAUGGGAACAUGACUGUUGAUGAUGGGGGUAAUGUUGACGUCAGCGAUGGUGGAUUCCUGACAAACCUUGGACAAGCACCAGGUGUUCCUCAUCGCCUUGGUAACAGCGGCGCCUCCCAUGGUGGCAUUGGAGGGCGUGGCCCAUGCGAUGGGUUCGUUAGCUGUCGUCUGAAACGGAACCUCCCAUAUGGCAACAUGCUGUACCCAGCGUCCUUCGGAAGCGGGGGCGCCGGAUCGCGCGGUGGCAUAGGGGGCGGGAUACUAGACAUUGCCGUGGAUGGUAUCCUGCGCGUGGAUGGUCACAUCAGAGCAAAUAGUCUAGAUAUCGGUGUGAGUAGCAGUCAGUCGGGGGCAUCUGGUGGCAGCGGUGGCAGCAUCCUCAUCUAUGCUGGAGCCUUGACAGGCGGCCACACUGGAGGGAUACAAGCCAAUGGGGGCUCGGGCGACUCUACCGCUGGUAGCGGCUCAGGAGGCCGUGUCGCCGUCUACCACACCAGCAACGUGACCCACGAUUUCUUCCAAGGUGCCUACAACGUCCAGGGUGGUCCCGUCCACAGCCCGGCCGAGGCUGGAGCAUCUGGAACCUUCUACCUGAAAAACCUCCACACUGGAUUCAGCGUGCUCCGAGUCGAUAAUACCGGUCGGCGUCCUGUCAACAACGAGAUUGAGAACGUAGGUCAGCGUCUUGAUAUAAGCAACGUCCCGGCUUCGUACAGCAAGACAGCGUCGUAUACGGCAAGCUCCGGAAUCACCGUUACGUCCUCCUCUGCAGUCUACAACCGCAACCCUCACUACUAUGGCCUUCCAAACGACGGAACCUCCUAUAUACUCCACUAUCUCUUUGAUCAGACGCUCAACAAUGACAUCCACCAGUAUUUCCUAAGUACUUCGAGUUCGACGACAAUCACGAUCAAUCUAAAAGCGGAAUACUUCGUCAACACCAUCAGGGUGUAUCCAGUUUGUAGCUUUCCAACAAAAUUCAAGGUCCAAUCUUCUCUGAACAACGUCGUUCGCGAUGUCACAAGCAACUAUGUUCUACCGAGUUCGUCAUGCUACUACGGUUCCUUUGCGGAUCUGCCCGUCCGAUGGAACGCCAAUAAGUUGAUUUUCCUUCUAGCCAGUACCCAGAGUUCAGGUUACAACUACGCCGCAAUGUCGGAGAUUGAGAUAUACGUUGGUGGCGAGAAUGUCUACGACAGAUACAAACACAGAGAACUGGACAGUGCCCGUACCUGGAUCGAACCAGAGACAGAAACCAACUCCUAUGAGUUUGAUGAGCUGUACAUCACCGGCAGGGCUCAGUUAGCCGUCGUGCCUAUGGAUAACCUCACCAGUGAUGUUGACGUCUAUGUCGGUGAACUGUUUGGUGACACGACUGGAUUUGUCCACGUCGGCUAUGCCCAAGAUAUCACCGUCAACGUGACCCAUCCAGACCUUCCAUUCAACAGUCGCAUCUAUGAGAGCGGUCAGAUGAACAUGCCUCCCCGAGCAUUCUUCAAAGGCGUGGAAAUGAAAUCUUCAGGAAAGGUCACAGGCAUUGACGACCUCUUUGUCUUUGAUGGGGGGUACGUUUCCGUGGAUACUAAUGGCAGCAUUGGUGAAUACGCAUUGUCGGGCGAGAUCCAGCUAUCAUCCAUCCACGUCCAGGACCGAGGGACGUUUGAGCUGUUCUCGUACGACAAACACAUUGGCGUGGAUAUAGACGUCACCAACAUGACGGUUUACGGUGGAGGCCUCUUCAAAUCCAACGAUCGUUUUAACCUCACCGCUGCCCACCUCGUGGCGGUGUACUCGGGCGGCGAGAUCAACCUGGACCACGGGGGUUACAUCACCAAGGAGGUCAGGGGUCAAGGGUACGAGCCGUCGGAGGGACCUGGCCAAGGAUAUGGGAGUGGUAGCGGAAGUAGUGGCGGGGGUCACGGGGGCAGUGGAGGUCGCGGUGGAGGUCAAUCACUGGUCGGCCUUGCCUACGGUUCCAUCUACUACCCUGUAGACUAUGGCAGCACUGGAGGAUACGGACAGCAGUAUGGCCAGCUCUACUUCGGUGAUGAAACUUUGAAGAAUAUUGUAGUGCGACGGGGUAUUGGCGGACGUGGGGGCGGGGCUCUGAAGAUCACGACACGUCACAUGAUCAUUGAUGGUGUUAUAUCGGCCAAUGGAGAGACACCUGACAGUACACACAGCGUUCAUGCAGGCGGUGGAUCCGGUGGCAGCAUCUGGAUCGACUGCGAAGAGCUAGACGGCUACGGUCACCUCUCGGCCGACGGCGGCAAUGGACGAAACAGCGGUGGCGGCGGUGCUGCUGGAAGGGUAGCCGUUUACCACCAAACGAUCCGCAACUUCAAUGGCACUAUAUCUGCUGGAGGAGGUUCCAGUGCUUACGAAGUUGGCGGUGCCGGCACUGUUUACAUCGAGCAGUACAUGAACAAUGUGACCGACGCAAACGAAACCAAUCUUAACGAAACGCGCGUGACGUUACACAAGACCCUUAAGAUCAACAACAAUGGCCGCCCGUACCCUCAUGCGGCCACCUAUAGCCACGGUGACCUACGGAAUCUGCUGAAUGGCGAGUACGAUGACAUCACGCGAUCCGGCGGGAUAACGUGGCUUUGGCAUUCCUCAAACUCUUACAACUUUGACGAGGUCCAUGUCCAUGGCAACGCACAUAUAGCCAUACUGAGCGACACUUCGGCGGAAGUUGUUCAAGUCCGCGGUGGCAAACUAUUUGGCGAUCGAUCCGCCGUGUUACAUGUUGGCCGGAACCAGACCUUUGGAUUCGACUGGGUGGAUAUCUACUUUGCGGCCAAUGUCAUGCUAUACAGGUAUGGUCAGUUGGAGUUGCCCCCUCGCCUCAGCAUGCGCGACGUGUGGAUGGAGAUUAACGGCACGCUGGCCGACGUCGGCGACUUCACUGUGGACAGUGGGGGCAUGCUCCAUAUGUGGUCCUACGGCAACUCCCGCGACCAGCCACCGGGCCGCUACGAGUGCGUCAACAUGACGGUGCGGUCAGACGGCAAGCUGGAGAUGCUCACCGUUCAAGACGAGAGCGAGUUCACCUUUGAGUUGAAGCGAUUUGUCGUCAACGCUGGCGGUUACGUCAGGACAAAUCAGCUGCAUGUUAUCGCAGAAGAUCUCACAAUUGAUGUUGCAGGUGACUUCCACGCGGACUUCAGUGGCCAUGCCCUUGGUCAGGGUCGUGGUUUUGGUCAGAGCACAGAACGGGGUCAGCGUGGGGGCUCUGGGGGUGGCCACGGUGGCCGUGGUGGACGCUCCAGCAGGGGGAUAUACUCCUCAGAUGCCUACGGGUCUAUUUACCGUCCUAGAGAUAUGGGAAGCGGAGGCGGGGUCGGUAGCCAAGACGAUGGGGGAAGAGGCGGAGGUACCCUGCUUCUUGAUAUCAGCGAUGACCUGAGGGUGGAAGGUCGUCUCCAUGGCAACGGGGAGAACAGUCAUGGCAACUCUGGAGCGGGUGCUGGGGGCAGCAUACUGGCCUACGUGAAUCACUUGGACGGGGCUGGGACCAUUGAAACCAGGGGUGGACAAGGAUCAAGCUAUGGCGGAGGCGGUUCUGGCGGCCGCAUCGCGAUCUACUACACCCACUACAACUUCAUCGGCGACUUCCUCACGCAAGGUGGCAACGGACCCGACCAUGCUGUGGCCUCCGGUACAGUUUACUUAGAAGGAGGCGUGGACCCAGACCAACCGACGCGCAAGCUUAUCGUGGACAACAAGCGUGCGUCCGCGGGGAGUUCGACAAUCGACCAAUAUGUCGUGCUGCCGUUGAACAGUGGCAAUUCUUACAGCUCAAUGGAGUACCACACGUAUGGCGGUGUCAAGAUUCGUUCAGACGGUGCCCCAUAUCACACCUCCGGCAAUGGCUAUUACCAUCUCAGCAGUAUAUUUUCAGGCACCGGCAUGGACGGGAAUUACUACUUAACUGGUAAUCAGACACCCAAGAUUACGAUUUCAUUCUUCAACGAAGUGUAUGCGUACGCUCUCCGGGUGUACCCACAGUGCAACAGCCACUUGUCUGAUUUCAAAAUCUCGAGCCAGAUUGGGAGCCAAACGACGGACCACACCAACGGCUAUGUGGACGUCACGGGAUGCAGAACCCAACAGGAGCCCAAUCAGUAUUCACUGGUUCUCAUCGAUUCUAACGUAGACAAGAUUUUUAUCGACCUGAGUGCACAUGGCAGCUAUGCGGCGAUGAACAAAGUGGAGGUACUUGUGCAACGCAACCCGACGUUCUUUGGUGCCGAGAUCCAACCCCGCUUUGCCGUCGUGCCGGGCACGCUGAUCGUUGGAGAAGACGAAGACACCAACACUUUCGAAUUUGAUGAGGUCAUCAUCAGAGGUCAAGGGGCACUGGCUAUGACCAGUAAGUACGCCGAGUCCCCGCGGAUCGUCGCGCACACCCUGAGUGGCGAUCGCAGCGGUCUUCUGACGUUAUUCUGGGGACAGGUGUUCGAUGCGACAAUGCCGCGGGCGUUGCUGCCAUUCUCGCUGUUGGCGCUGGACGGGACUACGGUUACCCUACCGACCAUACUGGACUGCAAGAACGUUGAGAUAGCUAUCGAUGGGAGCCUUCACAGCAUGGACAGGUUCACCAUUAGCUCCGGCUGCAAAGUCUCCCUGGAGUACAAAGGCGGCGGGAGGAACUACAUCGACCAUCUGGACGUCAAGACCUUCGGGUCCAUGUAUAUCAAUGAUAACCAGCAAGGCACUGUGACGAUUGAAGGAACGACGCUGAAUGUCCGCAGUGGUGCUCUGCUGAAGUCGAGUGACCUGAACCUCCACUAUGUCAACGUCAGCGUGGAACCCUCGGCCACUCUCUCCAUUGCCUUUGCGACGCAUUUCAAACACGAACAAGCAAUUGGAACAAGUCCAGGGAUCCCCGGCACACCGGGCUCAUCCGGCGCCGGCCAUGCCAGCAACGGUGGCAGUGGACAGAACCAGCCCCGCGUCGGAGCGACCUACGGCUCCUUCCUGACCCCUGACCUGUUCGGGUCAGACGGGGGUUACUCCACCUACCCACACCUGGGCGGGUCGGGGUCUGGUCGAGUCUACAUGAACGUAACUGGGAUACUGACAGUGGACGGAACUCUAGCUGCCACAGGCGGAGCCUACCGCUCACCAGGAGCAGGGGGUGGCAGCGGCGGCAGCAUCUGGAUUGAGACAGAGACUUUAGACGGAGACGGUGUCAUCGAAGCGUCGGGCGGGGAUGGUUACUCCGGUAGCCUCAGCCAGUACGGUGGGGGUGGUGCAGGGGGACGCAUCGCUGUCUACUACACAAACAACCACUUUAUUGGUGAUUUUGAAGCCACGGGUGGUGCAAGUAGCUACGAGCCUGGCGGUCCCGGAACGGUCUACUUGCACAAACUCCAACCCAGAAACGGUACGACUCUCCUGGACGCUACGAGCGACGAGGCGCAGAUUACCCAUGAUUCCAAUGUCACGGAGCCCCUCACCAACCGCACGCUGUACAUCAACAACCGCGGCAGGCGACCGCGAGACUGGAACCGCAACAUCACCGACGGGUACGCAGACUACGCCAGCGUGCCGACGAUCGUCUGGUUGACGCCAACUGAGCGUGCUCAGAUCGACGUUAUGCGAAACGACCACACCCACAACUUCACCGAAGACGUCAUUCUGGACGAACUGCACGUCUACGGCGGCGCGCAGUUGGCAUUCUUGGAUCCCGAGUAUCACGAUCACUCUCUGGACAUCCGAAUCGGUUCCAUGUCAGGUGACCGGUCAGGGAAGAUGCUGAUUGGUUGGAACCAGACGCUGUACGUUGCCAAUGCGCACUUCCCUGUGGAUAUGGACCUGUAUCGCGGCGGUUUGGCAACGCUUCACGGAGAGCUGAAAGUAGCGGGCGUCAGGAUUAACAUUGAAGGAGUUUUGGAGAACGCAGAGAAUAUCACAGUGGCAGAUGGAGGAACACUCCUCAUGCAUGAGAUGAUCAACAUGGAAGGCGAACCAACAGAAACGUUGGACUUCCACACGAUCAACAUCCGCAACCACGGCACCAUGACGGCCAAAAACGGCCGCGACAGGAGGACGCUCGAUGGACAGUUCAUCCAGGUGUACGGCGGCGGUCAGCUGACAUCCACCAAUCUGCAUAUUGUCGCUGACGUGGUGAUCGUGGACUCCAAGGGCUCCAUCAGUGUGGAUGACGAAGGUUUUUCGGGAAACACUGGCCUAGGCGGGGGAUUCACCUAUGGCAACAUCGGCACCGGAGCGACCCACGGUGGGGAAGGGGGUUGCCAAUCCAGCUCCCAACUGUCCCCUCCAGCCUACGGCUCCUUCACCACCCCCGCCGAAUAUGGAAGCGGUGGGGGGAACUCGGGCGGCGCCGGGGGCGGGAUAUUGUCCAUGAACGUCAGCCAGUCGCUGAGGGUAGAGGGCGCCAUUCAGGCCAAUGGUGGGCGGGGCAUGGCUGCCAGGAGCGGAGGGGGCAGUGGUGGAAGCGUCCAUAUCUACGCAGAGUAUAUCGAAGGAUCAGGUUUAUUCCAGGUAUGGCUAAGUCAAUUUAAAUAUUGA